UGACGUCAACGGACCAAUUUCUGUGUUGCACACAAAGCGUCCUGGACCCGUAAUUACAAAUAGGGUUUUUUUUUUUAAUUUAAAUGUCGUUGCACAGAAUAGCAUUUUAAUCAAUGUCUCUAAGAAACAGAAUAUCCAACCACGGUAAUCUUUUAUUCAUUCAUGCUGCGUCUUGCUUGCGCGAACUUCAUUUCAGAACGUUAUCAGUGCGUAAACAGGACGGCAUCACUGGCCCGCCGUUGUUGUUGAUGUUGUUAUUCCCCGGUAAUAUCGAAGAAUUGGCUUGGUUCUCGUAGCAAAUGCCAUCCAAGCUGCAUCAAUUGAGUGAUCCAGAGAGCUGCAUCUCCAGUGACUGACAGACAGUUAAGGGAGGAUGUCAAAUGCAGGGAACCAGUCAUGUCUGAUGGUCGCUGAGGACACAGUCGCCUUCCUAGUUUGUGGCUUUCAUGCCUUGGAGGAAUGGCUUGGCCUCGGUCAGCUGGAGGACUACCUGAGUGUUUUGGAAUACCUAUUGUGGGUCUUCACCCCUCUGGCUAUCGUCUUUAUCCUGCCCUUCCUCAUCGUCAUCCUCCUGUAUCUCUCGAUACUUUUUCUUCACGUCUAUAAGAGGAAGAAUCAGUUGAGAGAGGCAUACUGCAACAACCUUUGGGAUGGAGCCAGAAAGACCCUGGCAACUCUGUGGGACGGACACGGCGCCAUAUGGCACGGCUACGAGAUCCACGGCAUGGACAAGAUCCCCGACAAAGGGCCGGCGCUCAUCGUGUACUAUCACGGAGCCAUUCCCAUUGAUUACUACUACUUCUUGGCCAAUGUCAUUCUCCAGAAAGGACGGACCUGCCACUCGGUCGCUGACCACUUCCUUUUCAAAAUACCAGGGUUCAAAUUGUUGUUGGAGGUGUUCAGUGUGAUGCACGGUCCCCAGGAGGAGUGUGUGCAGGCACUGAAGAAUGGCCACCUGUUGGCCAUCUCUCCGGGAGGUGUGAGGGAGGCUUUGUUCAGCGAUGAGACUUACCCUCUUCUUUGGGGCAAACGCAAAGGCUUCGCCCAAGUCGCCAUCGACUCGCAAGUGGCCAUCAUUCCAAUGUUUACCCAAAAUGUCCGAGAAGGCUUCAGAUCGCUGGGAACGCUGAGAUUUUUCCGUUGGCUGUAUGAGACCUUUCGUCUUCCCAUAGCUCCCAUCUACGGCGGAUUCCCAGUGAAGUUCCGGACAUUCCUUGGCGAGCCGAUCCCCUACGACCCCAACGUUACUGCUUUGGAGCUGGCAGAAAAAGUAAAACAGGCUGUCCAGUCCCUCAUAGACAAACACCAGCAGAUCCCAGGGAACGUUCUGAGAGCCCUUCUGGAGAGAUUCCGCUCCAAAUACAAAAGGGAAUAGCCUCCGCGAGCUAUCCAUUCGGCAGCGGGAACGUGCAUUCGACUCCAGGAGGAUGACGUGGAAGCGGAAAGCGCUUUGGCGACGCAAGUCCCGGAACUUUUCUCACGCGCCGCCGAAGACUUGAGACAUUUGCUGCGGGCGCAGUUUCGGUGCCAAACACGACUGGUCACUGCGUGCGUUGGCUCGCUUUCUACGUAUUCCCAAAACGAGACUUCUUGAAGGGUCUUGGACAUCUUUU